CAAGCAUCCGCUCAGGCGGAAGGCGCUUCGUUCGGGUUCGGUUGGUCUCCACUCACCUCUCUUUAAUCUUGAAGAUUUCAAAAUAUACUGGGAUCUACCACUUUUUUGGAAAACUUUUCUACCAAGCAGUAAAUCACCCACUGUGCUCUUAUUAUAGCAUAGAAGCUUUUGAGUUUUCCGAGUCUAAACAAGGUUUUCUUUCAUUUUCCCAUGAAGCCACAUAGUUGCUUAUUCACUUUAGUGGUGAUUAUUAUUGUGCCAGCUGCUCUUGUUGUGGAAGAUGUGGACUUCAACCAAAUGGCCCCACUGGGAGCAAAUCAGAGUUCUUACAAUGCAUCAUUUCUUCCAAGUUUUGAACUUGCAGCAGGUUCCCACUCAGGUGAUAAUGUCAUCAUAGCCAAAGAAGGAACUAGCAUUUCAAUUGAAUGUCUUCUCACAGUUGAUCACUAUGAAGAUGUCCGUUGGUACAACUCAAAAGGACAACAACUGGAUGACAGAGGCAGAGGUGGAAAAUGGUUGGUUUCUGAUAACUUCCUAAAUAUCACCAACAUAGCCUUUGAUGACCGUGGGCUCUACACAUGCUUUGUCUCCUCUCCGGUUCAUGCCUCCUACUCUGUCACCCUCCGAGUUAUCUUCACCUCGGGAGACAUGAGUAUCUACUACAUGAUUGUGUGCCUGAUUGCCUUUACAAUCACUCUCAUCUUGAAUGUCACACGGCUGUGCAUGAUGAGCAGUCAUCUCCGCAAGACUGAGAAGGCCAUCAAUGAGUUCUUCAGAACUGAAGGGGCUGAGAAACUUCAGAAGGCUUUUGAGAUUGCAAAACGCAUCCCCAUCAUCACCUCAGCCAAGACUCUGGAACUCGCCAAAGUCACUCAGUUUAAGACCAUGGAGUUUGCUCGUUACAUUGAGGAACUGGCAAGAAGUGUUCCUCUUCCACCCCUUAUUCUAAACUGCCGGGCCUUUGUCGAGGAGAUGUUUGAGGCUGUACGAGUGGAUGACCCUGAUGACAUGGGAGAAAGAAUUAAAGAGAGACCUGCCUUGGAUGCUCAAGGUGGCAUCUAUGUCAUUAACUCAGAGAUGGGGCGGAGCAGUUCACCAGGAGGAGAUUCAGAUGAUGGCUCUCUGAAUGAACAAGGUCAAGAGAUAGCAGUUCAGGUUUCUGUCCACCUUCAGUCAGAGACCAAAAGUAUUGAUACAGAUUCUCAAGACAGCAAUCAUUUCAUCCCACCUGAUGAUACAGGAUCUGCAGAAUCCAGCUCUAACUACAAAGAUGGGGCCUAUGAAAACUGUCAGCUGUGAGCUUUCCCAGUACCUACAAAAAUAGCUCUCAGGAAAGGAGCUGUUUCUUGGAGGAAAUAACAUUUUUACCAAAAGAUGACUGGGGUUUUCCCUUUAUAUUAAGCACAUCAGAACAUGAAUUGCCAAAAUCUUUGCAAAACAUGCAGCACUUUCCUAUCUGAUAUUUCUCAGUUAUUUUUCCUUGAGCUUGAUUAACUGAUGCAUGUAAGAUUGAAAGGCACCUGAGAGAUAAGUAUAAUAGGAAAAGAACUGAAUUAAAUGUCCCAUGGCUUCACUUCCAUUGUCAUAUGUGACACUUGAGUUCUCAGUUUCCCAUCAGUAAGAUGAGGGAUUUGCAGUAGAUAAAAGUACCUUUAAAUCAUAAAAAUCUUCACUACAUCACUAGAUAAAACUUUCCCUAGACUUUUAGGUGCCCACCUUUUUUUUUUUUUUUUUUUCUAGAAAGGACCAAGCUGAGACUUUAUGCUCUGGAUUUCUAUACCUGAUGCCAUCGUGUGGACAUAUUCCAAAUGUUCUGCCUUGUGGAGUACACGAGUGUAUGUGCCACAUUGAAUCUUUUUACUGUUUCGCAUGAUGGUUGUUAUGCAGAUAUGAGGGAGCUUACUGCUCACUAGCAAAUUACUCUCCAUGAGUAAAUUGAUCCUUCUUCUGGCCAUAGCAUGUCUUUUUAACUUACUGAGACAUCAUUUAGUACUGAGACAUCAUUUAGUUCCUGGAGGCUGGCACUGAUUUCCCAACUGGUCUCCCAAAGUGAGCAGUCUUUUCCUUAGAAAUAAUGUUUCCAAUGCUUUUAGAAUAAGAAUAACAUCAAAUUGUCUAUCUCUGAUAAAUCAUGGAUAUUUCUGUUGAGAAUUUCUCAGGCGUUCCCUUUUUAAAAGUUUUGGACACAAAAAGUGGGUUCUAUGUUUGGGAUCCCAUUCAAGAACUUAUAUGCCUCUUUAGACCUCUGUUAACACUCUUGCCCUCUGUGGUCUUAAACAUGGUGCUAAAGGUUGCAUGCCUCCAUAUUUAGCUUAUUUUGUUUGUAUUUUAUUGUUGAUGUUUUUAUUUUUGUGUAUUUCAGAUGUGUGAUUUUGAGUUAAGUCUGUUUUUCUAGCCUUUCUAAGAAGCAUUUUACCUGAUAAGAUUAGAAAAUUGUGUCUUGUGUGUUAACUAUAUUAAAACAGACAAUCUAGACAUAGAAGGAGAAAAAUGAUGAAUGAUGCCACCUGGUUCAACUGUGUAUAAUAAACACUUAACAUGGCAUUUCUUGCCUAUCUGAGAUCUGAUAUAACGGAACUGUAAAUAUUCUUCAGGAUAAUUUCUUCAGCUACAGGAAGCUUGGUGCCAUAUAAUUUUAAGAACUUAGCAGUGGGGCUCCAUUUGAUGCUUCACGUUUCUUCAUUUGGUUUCUGGUUAUUGAAGUAUUACUUGAACUAGAAGCUUCUGAGGGAAAUGUUCAGACAGGGUUUUAUCAUGAUUUUAAUUUAAGGUUUCAAACAGAAAGACAGGAAAUUCAAAGUGUGACCAGUAGAACCCAUGUCUCCCUUUGUCCAACUUAACCAAAAGUAAUAUAUCUGCUCUGGAUGGCAUAAAUGAAUCAAUGUGCAGCUUUAUCAGAUGGCAUUAUGGAUAAAGAUGAUAAUGCUGCCUUUUCUGUCUCUCUGGCUGUUUCCAUGGAAACCUCCAGAGCCAAACAAAAGCUAUCAAUCAAUUAGCCAAAGCUUACCUUGGCUCUUAUUUCUUUAAGAAUUAUGUUUUUGUACGUUUGACUAUGACAGCAAGGGCUUUUAAACAUACCCUAGAUUAUGAAACACUUUUUCCUUUCCCACAAUGUUUCUCUUGAAAAUUAAAAAAAAAAAUUUAAUGCUCCUUGUAUGUGUCAAUCUCCUGAAUAUCACUCAGAUCUUCAGAUAGUACCUCCAACCCUGCCCUAAUAUACAAGUUCAGGAUUUUUUUUCUUAUAUGUAGCUUGUUACAUUAAAGAGAGGGGUUUUAUCCCAGAUAUUCUCAGAAAGGACAUUAGUGUUUGGAACCCUAACAUAAAUACUCUUAAUGAUCAAUGUCCUAGGAAACAACUUUGGAAAAAUAUAGCAAAUACUGCAAAAUAUCUGUAAGUUUGCACAAUUCUAUGUAAUAAAUAAGUACAGGCUACUCCAAUGUAUCCUGAAUACAUUAUUUUAGAAAUAAAAUGUUGACCUAAUUGGUAACAAAAGUAACUGGUUUACUUUGAAUCUUCUAGGUUAGGGUACCAUAAAGUAGGUCAAAUCUUAAUAGGAGCUGGUAUUAUUUAGUAAAGCUAUAUUUCAAGAKGAAGAAAACCACACUUAUUAAUAUUUUCUGUAUCUAAUCAAGUACUCUUCAUGUGUAAUUAGCAAUGUGAUCUUUUGUAAAAUCCUUAACCUUUUGAACUUAAACUGCAGUCUCAAAGUCGUUAGACGGUAGUUGUGGUGUCAUUAUCUUUUUGUUUCACCUAAUUUUAUAGUUAGUAAAAAAAAAAUGCCUAUGUCCAACAAAAUGUAUUUAAAAUAGUUCUAUUCUCAUUUAUAAAUUGUCAUUUAAUGAACUUUAUUGUUCUUAAGAGAUGAAACCAGAGCUUUGUGAAAUAAAUUUGCCAAAAAUUAAAACUUAAACAUUUAUAUAAAUUCCCUGUCAACUGAAACCAGAUGAGCAUCCUCUGAGUUGACUUGUGCUUAUAGGUGGUAUGAUAACCACCUGUCCUCAAAGUUUUAUCUGUUAUGAUGGUUUCAUUCUUGAAUCAGGCCCAAUGAGCAUUUAUAUUUCCUACUCACUACCUUGAUAUUUAUAAAUAUCUUCCAACUUGCUGAUCUGGGAUGGUUGUGAGAAGGCUCCUGGYGGCUUCUUUGCUAUCUGCAUGCUGUUUUCCCUUCCAUCUUCCAGCCACAGUGAGCUCCUGGUCCAGCCCUCUCUACAUCCUGCAUGUAGUUUCACCCUUGAGCAAAUUUCAUUGGGUCCCAGAGUGGCACGAAAGUACUGCAUGCUUGUUUUCUAGUGCCCAGCUAGUCAUGGGUGCUACCCUUGUCUCUACAGACCAGCAGUUGUAACUCAAGUGUAUUGUAUUUCCUGAGUCACUAGUAAGAGAACACAAUCUUUUCUCAUAUAGGCCAGGAAUGUUCAAAAUGCUCAGCCUUGUACAGAAACUCCUAGAUUCUCAUUGUCAUACUUUGCAAAAGUAAAUACCAUUAUUUGGUAUGAUUCAGAUGAUGUUUAAAUUCUCAGCAUUUUAAUAAAUAGUUGCAUUAUAAUUUUGUCUUUUUUAAGAAAAAGUCACACUUGAAUGUAAUUUAUUAAAUGCUCAAUGGAGUAUAUUUCAUUUGCCUGAAAUCUAUAUAGUAUCUUUCAUUUUUGUGUGAUGGAAUUUGAUGUUAAUGAUUUUAAAGAGGAGUAAAUUUGAAUUCAAUUUAAGAUUCCACUACAGCUAUCCAUUUCAAUAUUAAACAUACUUACUAAGCAUCGGUGUAUUUUUAGUCUGUGAACCAUACUGGUAUGGGCAUCCUGCCCACAACAAUCCUUACAGAUAACAGGCUSUCCUUCCUGAGCCUAGACACUAUGGUGUCCUAUUUUUGAAAUAUAGCAUUCCUGGCAAAGGCAAGAGCCUGGGCAAARGCUUAGAGAUAAGAAGAUUCAGUAACAUGUUUCAGAGAGCAUGUUAAUUACUAUGUAAAGUUUAUGAUGAGCUUUGGCAGCCAAGAGUCCCAUAGGUGUGAAAGUUUGUAAUAGGAAAUGAGUAUAGAAAAGCACAGGGUCUUAGGAGAAAGGCAAAGGGAGCAGGUGGGAGGUGAGACUCAUUACUUAAUGCCACCGACUCCUUAGAAUGCAAAUCCUGCCCCUGUCCUUCAGGGGCAAAGGAUUGUUGGACUUGCCACCCCUCACCAUGUGUGAUGGAAUUUACUAGCCUUGUAAUCAUGGACAAGUAGUGACUCAGCCCUCUGGGCUUCAGUAAAAUGGAGUUGGUUAUACCUACUUCAUAGAAUUGACAUGAGGAUUAAAUGUAGCAACAUGUAAGAAAACAAUUAGUUGUAAGGUGCCAUAUGGUAUAAGGAGGUAGUAAUGCAACCAUAUCCAACUGAUGAUUGGCAUCAUCUGUAGUGAACAAAAAAAAUUUCUCUACAUCUCUUAGUUGUACGCCAUAGAAACCUAAUUGUGGUGGCUUACCCAAAUAAAUUUAUUUUCUCAAUACAAAGUCCAGAUAUAAGCCAUCCAAGGCUGGUGCAGUGGCUGAGUGGGCUUCUAGACUCCUCUCUACCUUUAGCAUGUGGCUUUCAUUCUCAUGGUCACAGGAUGUCUUAGGUUGACUUUCUCUGGAAGGAGUUUCUGAUACAAGGAUUUUUCUGCAAGUAAUUUAUUUUGGAGGUGAUACCAGAAAAGUAGGGGAAGUGAGGCUGGAAAGAGAAGAACAACAAUACAGGAUGCAUUAAUGAGUAGGUUAUUGCUACUAGUAACUGCUGAGAGCCAUUAGCCAAGUAGGUAUGACAAUUUCCUUGCCAGCGUACCCCAUGUUGCUUAGA